GAGGAGACGAGGGAAGGUUCCUUUUAGGUCUAAUCUGUGUUGUGUGUGUGUGUGUGUGUGUGUGUGUGUGUAUUUUUGGGAGAGGGAGAGAGAGAAUAAAGACACACAGUAACAGAGACAGAAAAGGGGUUCAUGGAUGAUGGUGGGGGGAGGUAUAAUCUUUUUCCUCCUGUUUUCCAGAAAGAACUAGAGAGCAUGUCUUUGGCACACUGGGUCAGAGCAGUGCCAGGGCAGAGUGUGAGGAUGGGCUUUCUGGACUCCUCACAAAGCCCUACCCCUGUCCUGGGCUCUGGCCACCUCCUGGGCUCCCCAUGAGCCAGGAGAUCUGACUUACCCUCUCCUUCCACCUGUGGAGGGAUGCUGAUGUUGUUUCUUCCCCAGGGCUGACCUUUUCUGGUCUGUCCCCUGAGGACCAUGACCUGUCCAUGGCUGACAAGUAUGAGGAGGAGCAGUUCUUCGAGAUCCUGGCCAAGGAGGCCUCCAAGGGGGACCAGAUGAUCUUCACCUGUAAGCCUUGCAAGUUUAUAAUCAAGACGCUGAGAAAAAUCCUGGGACACAAUAUCACGCAGGAAGCCAUCAAACAGGUUAUGUCCAGGGUGUGCCGGAAGACACUUGCGCCCAAGACGUUAUGUAAUGAAAUAGUCACUAAAUAUCUUCGUGCCAUCACCCAGGGUCUCCUGAAUGACAAAUCCCCCCAUGAAAUCUGUGUGAAAAUCAAGUUGUGCAGACCAGAAAUAGGUCUCGGGGCCUCCGGGGCCUUACCCCACCCUGGGAAGAAGCACAGACUCUUCAGCAACCAUCGCCAGUUCCCGCCUUCCUAAAUCCAGCGCGGACCCUCCAGUUUCCCUCAGGGAACCCUUUGCAGCGCCUUCCCCUGGCGGAGAAUAAAAUGUCAUGCAAGCUUGUA